GGUGACUGCUCUGAGAAUCUCUGGAACCUGGGACACAGAGUCCUGCAGCUGGCUGAGAAUUUCCCUGUGCAACACGAUUCUGAAAAAUGCCUAAAUAUCUAUCCGUGAACCCCUUUGAAGAAGUCAGUGUGAAGACAGAAAAUGGACCUCGCUCGAAGAAACAACGCUACAUACGCAAAGAGGGCAGUUGUAGUGUGGUGUUUCGGCAUGUCCCAGAAGAGUGGCUGCUUUUUGUCAAUGACAUCUUUACCACCUUAGUUGAGAUCAGAUGGAGGGUGAUGUUCCUGAUCUUCGCAUCGUCUUACAUCCUUUCCUGGCUCUUUUUUGGGAUACUCUUCUUCAUCAUUGCUUUGGCUCAUGGAGACAUCAAAGACCACAAUAAAGACCCUUGUGUAUAUGAGGUGCAUAGCUUCACAGCCGCUUUCCUCUUUUCUCUGGAAACCCAGACCACCAUUGGUUAUGGCUUCAGAGGAAUGUCUGAGAACUGCAUGAUUGCUAUCAUCAUCGUCACCAUACAGGAUGUCAUCAGCUGCUUCAUCGACACUUUUGUCAUCGGGAUUGUGGUGGCCAAAAUGGCUUCGGCCAGAAAGAGGGCGCAGACAGUUGGCUUCAGCAACCAUGCAGUUGUCAACCUCCGUGACGGGCAUCUGUGUCUUUCCUGGAGGGUUGGGGAUUUCCGCAGGUACCACAUGGUGGAGGGAUCAGCCUCCGCUCAGAUUCUCCACACCACUGUGCAAGCAACCGGGGAAGUUAAUAUUACCUAUGAAGACCUGGCCAUCCACCAAAAGGACAUUAUCUUGGUCACACCGACCACAGUUUUCCACAGAAUUGAACCUGGAAGCCCAUUGUACAAGAUGAGUUUGGAAGAUUUGCGAAAAGCAGACUUUGAACUGGUGGUGUCCUUCACCUAUACAGAUGACUCCACAGGCAUGCUGCAUCAGACAAGGACAUCGUACACAACAGAUGAGAUCCUCUGGGGUCAUCUUUUCCAGGAGAUGAUCAGGGUGAACAAGAAAUACUACAAGGUGGAUUACAACCUGUUCAAUAACACAGCUAAAGUGCUGGUACCUGUGGUCAGUGCUGAGGAGUAUGAGCAGAAGAAGAACGAAAAGGAGGAGCAGGAGGAGCAGAAGCAGCUUCGGCGUUCUGCUCGACCUUCUCCUAGACAUUCCCCAAGGUGUUCCCCACAGCCAUCUUCACGAUCGCCGCAGAAAUGUGAUCAAGAGAAUCGUCUGAAUGCCCCAACAGUAACGGUGGAACUUAUGCAAGACAACCAACCAGAACCAAAUCUUCCCACAAUGGAAGCCGAAAGUCAACAUCAAGACACUUUGACUGUGCUACGAGACCCCACAAUCACAGAAAAGGAUAAAUAAAAAAUUUACCAAUACACCCAACACUAACUGUGUGUAUGUGACAGAAUGCCAUCAGCAAAACUUAAGACAUUCCAAAAUAUAUUUCAUCACUCAACCAAAUUGUUUGUGGAGCAGAACAUUUUCACCAAGGGUGCUAAAAUUACAGAGGUUCUAGUGACUGACACAAUUUCUUCUCCUUUUUUUCCCCUUCUUCAACAAAGCCAAUCUGGUUGUGGUACCGCACUGCGCAAUAAAUUCAGGCUUGUUUCAUUUCUUUUUUUCUAUUUACUUUAGUGUACACACAAAAUGCGAAUAAACAUUAGACUUUCACAAAUA